AAAAAAACCCAAAACAUUUUUUGCAGUCUUCCGUUUCCGGUCGGCUUGUUGCCUUGGUAACUAGGACGCACAACCGUCGUGGCGGUUAUGGCGGGGCUGGGCGGGGCGCAGAUCCCCGAUGGCGAGUUCACCGCCGUCGUAUACCGGCUCAUCCGGGAUUCCCGCUACGCCGAGGCGGUGCAGCUGCUGGGCGGAGAGCUCCCGCGGAGCCCGAGGAGCCGCGCCGGCCUGUCGCUGCUCGGCUACUGCUACUACCGCCUGCAGGAGUUCGCGCUGGCGGCCGACUGCUAUGAGCAGCUGGGCCAGCUGCACCCGGAGCUCGAGCAGUACCGCCUGUACCAGGCCCAGGCCCUGUACAAAGCCUGCCUCUAUCCAGAGGCCACCAGGGUCGCCUUCCUCCUGCUGGACAACCCCGCCUACCACAGCCGGGUCCUCCGUCUCCAAGCCGCUAUCAAGUACAGCGAGGGCGAUCUGCCCGGGGCCCGGAGCCUGGUGGAGCAGCUCCUGAGUGGGGAAGGCGGAGAAGACAGUGGGGGCGAGAACGAGCCCGACGGCCAGGUCAACCUGGGUUGUUUGCUCUACAAGGAGGGACAGUAUGAAGCCGCGUGUUCCAAGUUCUCUACGGCCCUGCAGGCUUCGGGCUACCGGCCUGACCUUUCCUACAACCUGGCUUUGGCCUAUUACAGCAGCCGGCAGUAUGCCCCGGCGCUGAAGCAUAUCGCCGACAUUAUUGAGCAUGGCAUCCGCCAGCACCCAGAGCUAGGGGUGGGCAUGACCACGGAGGGCAUUGAUGUUCGCAGUGUUGGCAACACUUUAGUCCUUCACCAGACUGCUCUGGUGGAAGCCUUCAACCUCAAGGCAGCCAUAGAAUACCAACUGAAAAACUAUGAGGCGGCCCAGGAAGCCCUCACGGACAUGCCACCUAGGGCAGAGGAAGAGUUAGACCCUGUGACCCUGCACAACCAGGCGCUAAUGAACAUGGAUGCCAGGCCUACAGAAGGGUUUGAAAAGCUACAGUUUCUGCUCCAACAGAACCCCUUCCCCCCAGAGACCUUUGGCAACCUGUUGCUGCUCUACUGUAAGUAUGAGUAUUUCGACCUGGCAGCAGAUGUCCUGGCAGAGAAUGCCCAUUUGACUUAUAAGUUCCUCACACCCUAUCUCUAUGACUUCUUGGAUGCCAUGAUCACUUGCCAGACAGCUCCUGAAGAGGCUUUCAUUAAGCUGGAUGGGCUAGCAGGGAUGCUGACUGAACAGCUCCGGAGACUCACCAUACAAGUGCAGGAAGCCAGGCACAAUAGAGAUGAUGAAGCUGUCAAAAAGGCAGUGAAUGAAUACGAUGAAACCCUUGAGAAGUAUAUCCCCGUGUUGAUGGCCCAGGCAAAAAUCUACUGGAACCUUGAAAAUUAUCCAAUGGUGGAAAAGAUCUUCCGCAAAUCUGUGGAAUUCUGUAAUGACCAUGAUGUGUGGAAACUGAAUGUGGCUCAUGUUCUGUUCAUGCAAGAAAACAAAUACAAAGAAGCCAUAGGUUUUUAUGAGCCCAUAGUCAAGAAGCAUUAUGACAACAUCCUGAAUGUCAGUGCUAUUGUAUUGGCUAACCUCUGUGUAUCGUAUAUUAUGACAAGUCAAAAUGAAGAGGCCGAGGAGUUGAUGAGGAAGAUUGAAAAGGAGGAAGAGCAGCUCUCCUAUGAUGACCCAGAUAAGAAAAUCUACCAUCUCUGCAUUGUGAAUUUGGUGAUUGGGACACUUUAUUGUGCCAAAGGAAAUUAUGACUUUGGUAUUUCUCGGGUUAUCAAAAGCUUGGAACCUUAUAAUAAAAAACUGGGAACUGAUACCUGGUAUUAUGCCAAAAGAUGCUUCCUGUCCUUAUUAGAAAACAUGUCUAAACACACGAUCAUGCUUCGUGACAGCGUUGUAGAAGAAUGUGUCCAGUUUCUAGAACACUGUGAACUUUAUGGCAGGAACAUACCUGCCAUUAUUGAACAACCCCUGGAAGAAGAAAGAAUGCAUACUGGAAAGAAUACAGUCACCUAUGAAUCCAGACAGUUAAAAGCUUUGAUUUAUGAGAUUACAGGAUGGAAUAUGUAGUAAUGUCUGAUAAUGGCUUUUAUCAUGAUGGCCUUAUAUUUUGUACUCUAUUUUAUCUUUAUUUAGCCACUGGCACCUUUACAUUUGUUACAUGUUGAACUUUGUACACUUUAAAAUUAUAAUAAUUACCCUUUUGUUUUUCAAAUCUUCACAAAGUGAAAUAUAAGAACCUUGACACCUAGAAAGAUUUAUGAGAAAUUCAAAGCUGAAUGCGGACACUGUGUCUAUUAGAACUUGUAGUGCCUCUGUUCCCUCUCCUUUGUUAUCAUUUGUGCUUUGUUGUAUUUUCAGAGUCCCCUGGCCAAGGAUUAUCCAGGGACUUGGCAUUAUCAAGCCCAGAACUCAGAAGUUAAUGUAUAGGAUUUCUAGGCUUUUAGUAAUAAUUUCAGGGGUUGUGUGUUCUGUUCUCAUAAUUUACCCUCAUAAUUAUAUUAAUUUGUAAUGCGCACAUUUUACAUAGAGCUUAGGAUGUUUUGGCAGGAUUUUUCAAUAUGUAUAUAUAAUGCUUUAUGUAACCAAAAUUCCUUAAGUUAUAAAUGUUUGGUGUUUUUUCCCCAUAAUGUGCAAGAUUUAGUGGGAAAUCUUGUGCUUUUAACAAAAUUAUGGUGCUAUGGUGUAGAAACAAUAAACAACUGUCAAAGAAACAAUUUUA